CCAACAUCACUAGGAUAUUUUAAUGAAAAAAUACAGCUUGGUUAGUGGAGGAUAUACCGAAAAAUUGUGUGAGAAACAUUAUUAAGUUGUUAUUCUUGCGUAAAACAUAUUAAAUAAUUUAUAAAAAUGAGUGUCGAAGAAGAAGUAUUCAAAAUACAGAAGAAAAUGCAAAAGAUUACGUCAAAUGAUGGCACGGGGCAAGAGCAAGCCUUGGAUUUGCUGAAAGCAUUGCAGACACUCAACAUCAAUUUGGAGAUAUUAACUAAAACACGCAUCGGCAUGACUGUAAAUGAGCUGCGUAAGAGUAGCAAAGAUGAGGAAGUGAUUGCACUGGCUAAAACGCUUAUCAAAAAUUGGAAACGGUUUCUUGCCGCACCCGGUGGUACAAGUGGUAGUAGCUCCAAAGAGUCGGCUGGCAGUAAUAACGUUUCCAAAUCAUCAACAAGCAGCAAAUCGAGUUCAUCAUCAACUAGCAAGGAUAAAGAAAAGAGUUCGUCAUCUAGCUCGUCGAAGGAUAAGAAGCGUGAUGACGACAAAAAAGCUAACUCAAGUGCAUCUUCAUCGGCGAAGGAUGAGCGUCGACAAACGCAAUCAUCUUUCCCCAGCACAGGCGGUUUAACCGACGCUGUGCGUCUCAAAUGUCGUGAAAUGCUAUGUAAUGCGCUUAAGGUUGGUGAAGUGCCGGAAGGUUGUCCGGAACCCGAAGAUAUGGCCACAGAAUUGGAGGAAGCCAUUUAUAUGGAGUUUAAAAAUACAGAUAUGAAAUACAAAAAUCGUGUGCGAUCGCGUGUUGCGAACUUGAAAGAUGCAAAGAAUCCCACCUUACGCAGCAAUUACAUGUGCGGCGCGGUAACGGCACAAAAAUUAGCGCGUAUGACACCCGAAGAAAUGGCUAGUGAUGAAAUGAAGAAAUUACGUGAGCAGUUCGUGAAGGAAGCUAUUAAUGAUGCUCAACUGGCCACAGUACAGGGCACCAAGACCGAUCUGCUGAAAUGUGGUAAAUGUAAGAAACGUAACUGCACAUAUAAUCAAUUGCAAACACGUUCCGCUGAUGAACCUAUGACAACAUUUGUCAUGUGCAACGAGUGCGGUAAUCGCUGGAAGUUCUGCUGAAGUCAGCGGAUGUUUUUACUAAAAAGGCAAAGUCAUUUUCUUCUUAAAAGAUUUACUUAUUAAUAUAUGAGUUUAUUUUUUUUAUUUACAAACAACAAGAUUGCUACGCAGUAUCUACGUACUUUGUGAAAAAAUUGUGUUUUAAUUUUUUAUUAUAAAUAUAUAUAAUUAAUUAAUUGUAAAGCUUCAAUUAAAAUUAAAGCGUCAAAAUAUUAAUUUAAAAUGGAUGCGCUAUUAAAUUUACUGAAUGCACGUGUUGCGGUUCAUAUCAGCUGUUGGUGGUGUUGAUAAAAUAGAAAUUUAUGGAAUAUUUUUCGAAACGAAACAACAUUUUUACCCUGCCUUGAAGGAAAAGGUAAACAUUUUAAAUAAAAGUAAAUUUUAUUAUUUAAAUUAUUAAAAUUCAUUUAGGCUUUUUGUUUUCAUAAACGACGUAAAAAUGAAUUACAGGCAUGUUGAAAAAGAUAUGUUCUUCACCAAAAGCGUUAAAAUAAUUUCAAGAUAAGUCAAGAAAUGUCACUUCCAUUAAAUUCAAGAUAUGUUAGAUGAAAUUUCCUCACUUUACUAAUGUUUACAAAGUGGUUUAAAGGUGUUUUAAAAUCAAGAAUGCACGCUGAAAUUAUCUUCAAGCAAAGAGAAUAAAUUUUGCCGCAACUAGUCGCAUUUAAAAAAGAAAAUACCACAUUUCCUCAAUUUAUUUGAGAAAUUUCGAAUAUUUUUUACGCUAAAAUUGGUCAAUGAA